AUGUCGGACACACAAUCAUACAAGCAGCUUUUGGCCAAAUGGGCCGACAAGUAUCGAGGAGCAACUGUCGAGGACCUCGACCCACCACCUGCUCUGUCAACCUCGCCCGCCUCGCCCAUCUCAAGCGCUCUCAUGGCAGCCUACGAAAGAGAAUAUACCCAUUUGACGGUCGUUGAGCCGGAGACACGCGCGCUUGUUGGUUACCUGUCUAUGCCCAAUCUGAAGGACUUGCUCAAGGCAGGCACUGUCCGCGACACCGACACGGUAGACAAGGCGAUGACCAAGUUCAAGAGAAAGGGCACAAAAUAUCAUGUCAUUACCAUGGACACCCCUUUGGAAGAACUCGAGGCUUUCUAUGAAGGUGUGACAGAGGACGGCCAGAUGCCAGCGCAGGAGUUUGCUGUUGUCACAGACGCUGGCCGCAAAUUCGUUCUGGGUGUUUCGACAAAACAGGACCUUCAGGAAUUUGUCAAGAGAAGACCCGUCUAUUGA